AUGAUGCUAAAUAAAUCAAUAAUGGACGGUGAUAACCCGGAUUUGACGGAAGAGAGAAUGAAGGGAACUUUCGAUACGGAUAAGAUGGCUGCACUGAUUUAUGGAAGUGAGAAGUUCGCCCGCCGGCGUCGUGAAAUCUCCGACUGCGUUUCCCGUAUCCCGCAACUCGCUGAUAUCAAGCCUUAUCCAUUCUUAACCAGAGAUGAGAAAGUGAUGGAGGGGACUCGCAAGAUUUCAGUACUCAAUCACUAUCUCCCGGCAAUAAUUGAUAAGGAUAACGCAGCGGAGAGUCUACACUUGCAUCAAGAAGUGCUUGGUUUCGAGGGUCACCCGUUGGCUCUUCAUGACUCUCUAUUCAUCCCACCUCUGCUAACACAGGGAACCGAUGAGCAACACGAAAAAUGGUUGGGUAGAGCAAAGAGGAGAGAGAUUAUCGGGUGUUAUGCGCAGACAGAAAUGGGACAUGGAUCCAACCUCCGCGCCCUUGAAACCACCGCCACUUAUGACAUCUCCACCCAGGAAUUCAUCCUCCACACCCCCACUAUAACCGCUCUGAAAUGGUGGCCAGGAAAUCUUGGAAAAAGUAGUAAUUGGGCAGUUGUGGUGGCUGAUCUAGUCAUCAAGGACACCCAUUAUGGAGCACAUAUGUUUAUGGUACAGAUUCGGGAUGAGAAGACUCACGAACCACUCACAGGGAUUACUGUAGGAGACAUCGGCCCGAAGAUGGCAUUCAACGCAGCGGAUAACGGAUUCCUCGGCUUCGGUCACUACCGUAUACCUCGUGACCAUAUUCUCAUGAAAUACUCAAGAGUAGAGCCGGAUGGAACAUAUAUUAAACCGAUGCAUGCUAAAAUCAAUUAUCACGGAAUGGUUCGAGUGAGAAGUAAUAUGACAACGGAGCAAGGAUUGUUCUUGGCUCACGCAUUGACGAUUGCGGUGAGAUACUCGGCGGUGAGGAGGCAAGGAUACUUGGAUGAUAAAUCCCGCGAAGUGAAAGUGCUCGACUACCAAACCCAACAACACCGUCUCUUCCCUUCAAUCGCCCGUGCCUACGCCUUCCAAUUUGCCGGUGCAGAGACAUGGAAACUUUAUGAACAAGUGCUCAACGGCAUGAAAUCAGGGAAUGUGGAAUUGAUGGCUGAUCUACAUGCCCUAACUUCUGGUCUCAAGUCAGUGGUUACUCAUCAGACAGGAGAAGGAAUAGAGCAGGCGAGGAUGGCGUGUGGAGGUCAUGGUUACUCGAUGGCCAGCUACAUCUCCGAAAUCUUUGGUCUUGCCAUCGGUGGGUGCACUUAUGAAGGUGAGAAUAUGGUGAUGCUCCUCCAACUUGCACGAUACCUUGUCAAAUCAGUGGAACUCGUCCAAUCCGGAAAAUCAGUUGGACCAAUGGUAGCUUAUCUAGCAGAACCUGAUACCAAAGUAGAUUUAACUACCGGACCAGAGGCUUAUGUCAAGGUGUUCCAACAUGCGGCAAGACGUCAGGCAUGGAAGGCUACUGACAAAUUUCAUGAGUUGAUGAAAUCAGGGCAGUCAAGGGACAUUGCAUGGAAUAAUUGUGCAGUGGAGUUGACUAGGGCUUCCCGUCUCCACACCCGUCUCUACAUAAUGGAGACAUUCAUCCGUCGAGUCUCGUCAAUUUCCGACAUUUCCAUCCAAAAAGUAUUGAUUGAUUUAGUGAAUAUCCACGUGAAUUACGAGGUACUGGAUAUCGGAACAUAUGCAUUGGAACAUGUGUCAUCUACUCAGUUGGAUUCAAUCAGAAGUCAAUUAUAUUCGAGUUUAGACACUCUGAGACCCAAUGCAGUGUCUCUAAUCGACUCAUUCCAGAUAUCUGAUAUGCAAUUGAGAUCUGUUCUCGGUCGUCGUGAUGGUCAUGUCUACCCGAAUCUCUUCAAAUGGGCGAAAGCAUCCCCAUUGAAUAAGACUCAUGUACUUCCAUCAGUCAAUCAAUAUUUGAAACCAAUGAUGGACAAAGCUAAAUUGUAA